AUAUUAGUUUACUGCAUCGAGCUUAACUAUAGAAGAGAAGAGAGAGAGAGACACAAAGGGUUUUAGGAGGUUUUAAGCAGAGCAUCCAAAACGCAACCACCAAUCUCCGCCACCCACAAUGUCCGCCGCCGCGAAGCAAACCCUAGCCGACCACCCUGAACCCAAACCUGAGCAGCUCCUCCCUCCGGAUCUUCCAGCUCCGGAGACUCUCCCGUUGGAUCAGCCUCGUUCGGACCCUUCCGAACCCGAAGCAAAGCAAAAUCUCGAUCACCAUGAAGAAAAGGAAGGGGAAGUAGAAGAAGAGGAGGAAGAAGAAGGAGAGUGCGGGUUCUGCUUGUUCAUGAAAAGUGGCGGUUGCAGGGAAUCGUUCAUCGAGUGGGAGAAGUGCAUCGAUGAAGCAGAGAAGAACAAAGCGGACAUCGUUGAGAAGUGCGUCAAUGUCACGGCGGCGCUGAAGCAGUGUAUGGAGGCCCAUUCCGAUUACUACGAACCCAUCCUCCGCGCAGAGAAAGCCGCCGAGAAGCAAGCCCUCGCGGAAUUGGAGAAAGAAGCCAUGGAGAAAGAGUCCAAGGAGCAAGAUAGGGCUUCUUCUGAUUCUGAUAAAAAAAGUUCCAUAUGCCACGACGAAUGAUCUCUAGGGAAGCAACAAUGGAAAUCAUGGCUUGGUCAUGCAGGGAGGGAAACUUGAAAUUCAAAACUGUCUGCAGCCAAGCAAAUCUCAGCAAAACAUUCAAGGCCUGCAAAGUUCUAAUUUAAGACCCCAAUCUAUCACAAGGUCCCAAUAUGUAGAAACAACUGCUGCAGAUAUUGAGAAAAUCCAGGCCAGCACCCCCCAUCCCACUCCAUCGUUGAUGCUAUAUGCUGUUCUUAGGCAUACAGCUACAAUUGUGA